AUGGCGUGGAGGACUAGCGAGCUUCUUUUACUGAUGCUACUCAUUGUGUGGAGUAGUUAUGUGAGUGCAACUAGAAAAUUAUUAACAGAUAGCCCAAAGAUAGAAGAGGAAGGGUCUUCAAGUCCAAAGACCAUCACCUUCUUUAUGCACCACCUAACAGCAGGACCAAACCCAAUAGCCAAUUCUGGACUUGGAGUUGGUGGAUUUCCUAUUGGAAUUCAAGGCACUGGCAAUGCCAUCUCUGGCCUGCCAAACCCAUUUGGAAAUAACAGGAACUUCAAUGGCAUUGGGAAUGAGAAUGGGAAUGGGAAUGGUCCUCUCCCAUUAACCAUUCCAAGUGGAGCCAUAAACAAUUCUCCUUUCUUUGGCCAGCUGCCCAUCUCUUCCACCACUGGCCUCAUCCCCAACGGAGGAGUACAGGGCCUCGGCUCACUCAUUCCGGGCCUUGGCCUUAAUGCUCCUGGCUUAGGCUUUCAGAAUUCCUUUCCCAACACAAAUAUUAUUAAUGGCGUACUAAAUCCUCUUGGAGUGGCCUCAGGUAUCCAACUAAAUAAUGUGGUUGUGAUUGAAGACACCUUGACAGAGGGUCCUGAUCUUCACUCGUCUGCUAUGCUUGGAAAGGGGAAGGGAUACUAUUAUCAUUUGCCCAGCCAUGCUGAAGAGGAAGAUCCCAAUACAAUGUUACUCGCUUUCACAGCCAAAUUUGAAGGUUCUGAAUACGGAGGCAGCAGCAUUGAAUUCUCAGGCAAAGAUAACAUUGCAUUGGCACAGAGGGAGGUGGCAGUAGUAGGAGGGAGCGGGGUGUUCCACAAUGCUCAAGGCCAUGCACUCAUAGAGACCAUUUCUCACACAGUCGAUGAAACAGUGCUCAAAUUUACGGCCACUCUUACCUAUGAAUGA